UACAGGAUUUUUCAAAGUCCGUCAGUUCAUUAGUUCUCAUCGUCCUGUGACCAUGGCCAGCAGUACCUCAGUCAAUGAGAAGAGUUGCCACUGGGACAGAAAAGAGACCCUGCUACUAAUAGAACUAUACCGGCAGAAUCCAUGCCUAUGGAAUGUAAAGUCUACUGUGUACAAGGAUAGGAACAAACGUGUCGCGGCCAUUAAUGAAAUAACGGCAGGACUGAAUAGAAAUGGAUUAUCUGUUACUGCUUCUGAAGUGAAGAAAAAAAUAGAAUCCAUCCGUAGUCAAUAUAGGAGAGAACUACGAAAACAGGAGAAAUCAAAGAAGUCGGGGGCUGGUGCUGACGACAUUUACACCCCCAUAUUAUGGUGUUUUGAUGACCUCUGCUUCCUCAACGAUGGCGACAGCAAGAGAGAAUCCGUGUCAAGUAUGGAUAGCCAAGUGUCUCUUGUGCCUGAAGAAGUGUCUGAUCAUGAGAUUUUCAAUGAUCCUAUACUUCAACAAAAUGAAGAUGGUUCUGUAACCCAUACAACACCAACGCCUGUCACACCUGUCCCAAGUACAUCGCAUGAUAAUGUACCACCUGCAACGCCUGAGUCUUCACGCAUUCAGACUCAAACUACCCGAGGGAGAAAAAGGUCUUUACUCACUGACGAGAGGCAUGAGGUGCUUGAAGAAGCGCUUCAUCAACUGAAAGAAUUAUCUCGAUCGGAGAAGGAUAGCGAUGAAGAAAGUGCUUUUGGUGAUGUUGUUACCAAUGAUUUGCGAAAGAUGAAUGUAGAAAAUAGGAUCCAUGCACAGAAACUAAUUUCUGAGGUACUUUAUCUGGGGAAAUUAGGGAAGCUCACCUUUACAUCCAAGGUUGUUGGCUAAUUAUGUAG